GCUUUCGACCUGAUAGACCACAACAUUUUGUUGCAUAAAUUAUUGGAAUUGAACGUUCCCCCAACUAUUUUUAAUUGGAUUAAAAGUUUUUUAACUGGACGGAGGCAAUGUGUGAAGCUGGGUAGUUGGUCUUCGAGUUGGAAAGUUUUAAACGGAGGAGUACCGCAGGGAACUGUUUUGGGUCCUGUUCUUUUUUUGGUUAUGAUCAACGAUCUCCUCGAUGAAUGGCCCGACCGAUGGAAGUAUGUAGAUGAUAGUACGGCUACUGAAAGUGUCAUGGUUGAUUGUAGCAGUAAUCUUCAGGAUCUUGUCGACUAUAUCUAUAAUUGGACGGUUACAAAUAAUAUGAAACUUAAUGUCACUAAAUGUAAAGAAAUGAUCCUUGACUUUGGUAGGGUAAAACGGAAUUUCCCAGCAUUAUUAAUCGAGAACACUGAGGUUGAACGUGUAAAUUCUGCUCAAAUUCUCGGCGUUACGAUCCAAACCAAAAUGAAUUGGAAUGAACACGUUAAUAAAAUUGUUAAGAAAUCUGGGAAAAGAUUGUAUAUGCUCAGGUUAUUGAAACGAGCCAACGCUGACACUAGAAUGUUAUGCAUCGCAUUUACCACUAUUAUAAGGCCAGUCUUAGAAUACGCUUGCCAAGUUUGGCACUUCAACAUUCCAGGUUAUUUGAGUGAUGAUAUUGAAAGGGUUUAA